AAUCCACUAGUUCAUUUUUAAAGUGGUUCCUGGUCUCAGCCCUUUCCAUUCUACCCAUAAUCCCAAAUCCCUACCGGAAUUUGUGAGUAGAUAGGAUGGAACAGGUCCCUAGGCAGAGAGCGAGCCAGUGCUUGGAAACUAGGGCUAGACUGUUCGGGGUCAUCAGUGAGUGUGACUGCCCAUCCAUGUUAGGCCUGGCAUAUGUGCUGGACUUAGGAUGUUUACUGUCUUGUGUUCCUGGAUCCAGGCUAGUGGGGAUUCCAGGAGCUUCUUUAUCCAGCCAAUAAGUGUUAGGUACUUGCUCUGUUCUUUACUCUGGACAGUGCUGAGGACACAGCAUGACCAGGGUGGUCCUGGACCCUGCCCUCAUGGGGCUCCCAGUCCAGAGGUAACAGGGACCUGUCAUGGAAGGGUGACAACACCAGGGUCAGCUGUGAGGGUGAGGGCUUCCUGGAGAAGGGGAAAUUUCUUAAAAUAGGAAUAAGCUAGAGUAAAAGAUUCUCAGCACCCCACAGCCUAUCCUCCUCCAGCAACUUGAGUCAUUUCUUCAUCCCCUCUGGGCACACUGUGCUCCUCACCCCAAUGCUGUAGCACAUGAAUGGCCAGUUCAGCCUCAUCUCUUCCCUCAGGAACUAUCACAGAGCUUUGUGAAGGGGACACAGGCUACAAAAAGGGAGGAAGAGGUUGACUUUUUAAGGUCAGGUGUGAGGUAUAUGAACAUGAGAUGGAGCCAAGGUUGGUAGCUAUGGGAUAAAAGGGAGGCUAGGGUGGCCUUUCCUGUUCAGUGAGGGCCUCGGAUCUUGUAGUCAGCAAGUCCCCUUCCCUGUAGAUCCAUGUGCUGGGCAACAGUGCCCUCUGCUGGCCCUUCCUGGCAAUGUCUAAGGGUAGUUAGUCCCCACCUUUUCUCCGGAUCCUUCAUCAUGGGGAGUUACUCCUCUGCUUUUGGCCACCAGUGUCUAUUUUACUGCAUCAACCUCCUCACAGAUCUCCCUUACCUCCAGUGCCUUACUCUACCAACUCCCCACAGGAUAAGGGAGCUCAAGCUACUUAAUAUGGCUAAUGAGGCCCACAUGCCUGGCCCCUGGUGACCUCACUGGCAUUUUCUCUUUCAAAUUUCAGAUCAGUGGUUUGUUCUGGGGGGGGGGGGGUGUCACAAAUCCCUUUUAAAAUCUAAAUACCAUGAACUACCUUGUAAAUGCAUGUGUUCACAGUAUUUUGCAUAGAUUCUUGAGAUUCUCAAAUCCUUGCAGUCCAAUCUUGGCCUUCAAGUGAGAACUCCUUUCCUAUUCCCUGACCAUACUGAAGUCCUUGCAACAAACAGAACUAUCCAUGCCUGUCUACCCUCCCACCUGAGACCCUUUCUCUACCUCCCUUCCUCUUAUCCUGAUUCUCACUCAUCCUUCAGGUCUCAGUUUAGGUGUCCUCCCAGAAAGGAGCCUUCCCUGACCCUCCAGGAUUAGGUGGGCAGCUCCCUUAGCCCCGUAGGUCCAUCAGAGCCCUAGCCAUUCAGGGUGGUCACUGGUAACACUUGAAUGUGAGUUCCUACCCAUCACCUAGGGCAACUCCGGACCAGGGUCUCCCCUCCACAUCUGCAGAUUCUCUAGAUCCUGGAAACACAAAGUAGGAAAUUCACUCUCUGGUCUCACCACCUAUCAGGCUAACCAGGGACUGGGUGUGAUGACAAAAGCAAGAGACACGGCAUAGUGAAUACUCUUUGAAGAAAUAAGAGGAUAGAAUGGGGUACAAGCUAGACAAGCCCUCAGACGCCCUGAAGGUGGUCAUUCAAACCAUUCAUCCCCAAAUUAAGCACGUGGGCCUCUGGAAUCACAGCAGUGCACAGGUUGAACAACGAUUCAGAUCCCUCCGGAUAUUGCAGUUUCUUAGUGGUUCGGGUUGGGGGCGGGCGUUAGAGCCGAUCUGACCCUGACACCCUUUUCCUUCCUGGUCGUGUAAGGGCGGGACCGGACAGAGGCACGCAUGCGCAUAGGAAGGUCCGUCUUCGUCCCGGAACUUUGGUUCCAGGCGCGGCGGGGCACCGGUGACCCCCGGGAAUGCGCUUGGCCGGAAGUGGCCGCUGACGACCUGGGGCCAGGGUUGGCGUGAGGAUCCUGCUGUGGCGGUUAACAGGUCGUAGAGAAUCAGAAUGGAGGCCAUGGCGACCGCGGCAGGGGCGAGGGAGCCCGGUGAAGGCUGUGAGGAGCCCAGUCCUGGGCACUGGGGGGAGCUGAGCUGCACGCCGGUCGCAUCCAGACCCCAGGACAAGGUGGAAGCAGUAGAGGGAGCACCCAGGGCCCCGGAUGGUGAAGACGCCCCGGAGGCCAAGAACGCGGCGGUGAGCGCCAUGCUGCGCGCUGUGGCUGCCAGCCGCCUGCCCGUGUGCAGCCAGCAGCAGGGCGAGCCCGACCUGACCGAGCGCGAGAAGGUGGCCAUCCUGGGCCAGCUGUACCACGAGAAGCCGCUCGUGUUCCUGGAGCGCUUCCGCACGGGCCUCCGCGAGGAGCACCUACCUUGCUUUGGGCACUUGCGUGGUGACCACCGCGCGGACUUCUACUGUGCCGAGGUGGCCCGGCAAGGCACUGCCCGACCUCGCGCCCUGCGCACCCGCCUGCGUAACCGGCGCUACGCCGCCCUGCGGGAACUCAUCCAAGGGGGCGAGUACUUCAGCGAUGAGCAGAUGCGGUUCCGGGCCCCGCUGCUCUAUGAGCAGUACAUCGGGCAGUACCUGACCCAGGAGGAGCUCAGUGCUCGCGCCCCGGCCCACCAGCCGCCCAAGCCCGGCACGCCUGCCUGCCCGCUCUCCGACCUGCUGCUCCAGUCCUACCAGGAGCGGGAGCUGCAGCAGCGACUGCUCCAGCAGCAGGAGGAGGAGGAAGCCUGCUUGGAGGAGGAGGAAGAGGAGGAGGACAGCGAUGAGGAAGACCAGAGGCCCGGCAAAGACUCGGAGGCCUGGGUCCCCGACUCGGAAGAGAGACUGAUCCUGCGGGAAGAGUUCACCAGCCGGAUGCACCAGCGCUUCCUGGACGGCAAGGAUGGGGACUUUGACUACAGCACUGUGGAUGACAACCCUGACUUCGACAACCUGGACAUCGUGGCCCGGGAUGAGGAGGAGAGGUACUUCGACGAGGAGGAGCCUGAGGAUGCGCCCAGCCCAGAGCUGGACAGGGACUGAUGGCUGCCCGCCCCGCCCCCCCACCACAGCAAGGCCACUGAUUACAGGCCAGCUCAGUGACUUUCUCUAGGGGACAGCAGGGCAGUCACCCCACACCACCAGCCUCGCUGAGUCUGGUCCCAUCUCAGCAGCCCCCUUCCCCACUGUGCCUGGAGCUAGCUCCCUACCUUCUCCCUCGAACCCUGAGUCUCUUUCUCCUAUUAUCUCUCGGUCUCUUUCUCCCCCUCCUUUCUGUGUCUCUGUCCCUCUCUCUGUACCUCCCUCUUUUUCUUCUCUGCCUGUCUCUUUCUCCCCCUCUCUCUGUGCCUUGGCCUCCAUCCCCAUGACAGGGCCCAGGAUGAACAUCCUCCCCUUGACCAAGGCCAGUGGGGCCCUUUGGAGUUGGAGCUGGAGCUGGCCAGGUUGACACGAGUGCACAGCUCGGUCGAGGCUGACCCAGGGCCCUAGAGUGGGCUCUGCUUCUCCCUCCUGGUCCCCGCCUGUUUUCCUCCGCCUCUAUUCUUGAAUCUCAGCCUCACGCUCGGGCCUCCUUGCCUGUGUUACAUUCCACCUCUCCUUCAGCCUCACAGGCUCGGCCUCUGUGCUGCGUCUGUCCCUCUCUCUGCCUUGCAGCCUUUAUCUCUGGGUUUCAGUGUUCCCCACAGGCCCUGGCUGCCCCCCAUCCUGGCAGCUGUGGGAUUACUGCUGAGCAAUCCAGCCUCACUGUGGGCAGUGGGGAGACCCUGAGGGUGGCCACCAGCUCUCACCUCUCCCUGAGGACCCAGGUUUGGGAGAUGUGGGCAGGGGCAACCCUGGGGAUUAUGGACCUACUAGCUUGGGUGCAGGGGGAGGAGGUGGUACAGGGAGAGGGGACUCUCCCAUCCCAGCCCCCUGGCCCCCCUCUGCUCAGCCACAAUUUUCCCUUCCUUCACUUCCUUCACCUCCCUCUCCCUCUCCUGUUUACACUCCCCAAAUACGCACAGGCUGUUAUCAUGGGUCCUGAGUCAUCCCACACACACACACACACACUUACAGCCUGCCCCAGCGUCCCUACCCCAAGCCGGCCACAGAGCCCGCCCCACGGAGCCCCCUGCCGCCCCAGGCUAAUGGGAGCCAGAUGGCCGCCUGGUGACUCAGCCACUGGCCUGUGGGAACCCAGGCGUCCUGUCUUCCCAUGCCCCCACACCCAGCUCAUGCUCCCCCAGUAGACAUACACAGAGAAAGGGCCAGCUGCUAGGGGAGGGAGGACCUGGGGACCCCUCAGUCUGUGAGCUAGAAUGGUGGCAUCCUGCCAUGGCCAAGCCGGAGGAACCCUCUAAACUGCCUCAUCCAGCAUGUGGCCCAGAAUGAAGGGGAGACCCCAAGGCUUCCUGGGGCCACAGCUCUUGACCCCCAGGCCUUGGCUGUGCCCUCUGGGUCAACCAGAAUUAGAGCCAGACAUGAAAAGUGAGAGCUGGACAAAGGCCGAGGGACAUUCAGACAGAGAGACUAUUAAAUAGGGAAACUUCCGGUUACUGAGCAGUUCUAUCCUGUGCCAGGCCCCAGCAAAGUGCUUGGUGCACUGAAUCCUCCAGACAACCCCGAGAACCAGGGCCUCGGCUCUGUUCCAUAGGUGGGGCGCAAGAGGCCGGGAAAGAAGAUGUUAAUGUACUCAAUGCCAUGUGGCCAUCAGAGGUGGAAACCCAGGUGUAGAAUCACACAAGUCCUAGACACCACUCUGCUGGCCUGCCUGUCCACUAUCAGGGCCACACAGAGCAGACCGACACACAGACUUCCUCAGAUGGGAAGACUGAAGAAGAGUUAGCUGUGGAGGACGAUAGCAGCAGCUGACACCUCCGGGACCCGCCCAGUGCACUGAGCACCAUCCUGUACACGGACGUGGACAGAGGCAUCCUGAUGUUUAAUCAGUACUCGAAUCACUGAACCAUCCCAGCGGUCCCAUGUGGCACGGACUAUCAGUACCGCCAGUGCGUCUCCCAGGGGGCCCACGGCGGUCCAGCCAGCUAGACGCAUGCGAUUUGGGAAGAUGAAGAGGGCGAGGUGUCCUUCAGGCGUUUGUGUCCACGCUCUCAGGUUGUGAGAGCACUUUCAUAAUCCAGGUUUCAGCCCUAGGUGAUGUGCACAUUUUUCACCAGUCUAUCAUUUGAUCAUUAAAUUUGUUUGUGAUAUACUUUGCCAUACAUAAA